UGAUCGAUUUAAUCAGUAAGGGCCAUUUGGUUAUCCUAGGAAUUGCCGGGUACAAAUAUGCGUUGAUCAUAAGCUUCUCAGUCCUGGAAGAGAGAAUAUCACAAGAUGUUGUAGUUAUGAAAUACUUAACGGCUAGUGCCGUCACUGUACUGACUUUGGAAGGUUAUGGUACUGAAGUUUUUUAUGUACUUUUGGCUUUAUGCUAAACAAGUGACAGACUGAACUAGGGGGCUUGGCUUAUUGAAAGUGUCAUGGCGGCGGCCAGGAGGUAUAGUUAACCUAGUUCUUAGAAGAGUGAUGUUGAUUGAAAUUGUUCACGUGUUCUCUUGUCCCUUUGUAUUGUAAUGCCGCUGAAACGCUGUUUGUUGGCAUUGCUGCGGGCGCAAAGACAUAGGUCUGCCCUGCAUGUUAUUUCUUGUGUAAGGUGCACUGGGUACCUUGUUGUUCCUAGCCGGGCUUUGACUUCUGGACAUGGCUCUAAACCUCCGGACACUUCACUAUUUGUUCCUUUGGCUGUCAGCACAACCAGAAGCGAGUCAGAAGAUGAGAAUAUAGGGGCUGAGCUGAGUCGCCCAUUGGACAAGAGUGAAGUACUUAAGAUUUUAAAUAAGUUUUACAAACGGAAGGAAAUGCAGCGUUUAGCAGCUGACAGUGGACUUGAUGCUCGUCUUUUCCAUCAAGCCUUCAUCAGCUUUCGGAAGUAUGUAAUGGAGUCCAAUUCGCUGAAUACUGAGCUGCAUAUUAUCUUAAAUGACAUUUGUUGUGGUGCAGGGCAUGUUGAUGACCUUUUCCCUUACUUUAUGCGACACGCUAAGCAGAUCUUUCCGAUGUUGGACUGCAUGGAUGAUUUGCGGAAAAUCAGUGACCUGAGAUUACCUGUGAAUUGGUACCCAGAAGCACGAGCCAUUCAGAGGAAGAUUAUAUUUCAUGCUGGUCCCACCAACAGCGGAAAAACUUACCAUGCUAUCCAACGAUACCUUUCAGCCAAGACCGGUGUGUAUUGUGGUCCACUGAAACUGCUUGCCUCUGAGAUCUUCCAGAAGAGCAACGAUGCUGGUGUGCCCUGUGACUUGGUGACUGGGGAAGAGAGAACAUAUGCUAAUCCAGAAGGGCGGUCAUCUAGCCAUCUUUCAUGUACUGUUGAGAUGUGCAGUGUUAACACACCAUAUGAAGUUGCUGUCAUUGAUGAAAUUCAGAUGAUCCGUGAUCCUGCUCGUGGCUGGGCCUGGACAAGAGCUCUUCUGGGACUGUGUGCAGAAGAGAUUCACGUUUGUGGUGAGGCUGCAGCUGUGAACUUUGUUACUGAACUCAUGUAUACAACUGGAGAAGAGGUGGAGGUAAAGAGCUACAACAGACUCACUCCUAUCACUGUGUUGGAUCAUGCUUUGGAGUCUCUGGACAAACUUCAGCCUGGUGACUGUAUUGUUUGUUUCAACAAGAACGAUAUCUAUUCUAUCAGUCGGCAGAUUGAAGUCCGUGGAUUAGAGUGUGCUGUGAUCUAUGGAAGUCUUCCUCCUGGGACCAAACUUGCACAGGCAAAGAAGUUUAAUGAUCCAGAUGACCCAUGUAAAAUACUUGUUGCCACCGAUGCCAUUGGAAUGGGACUAAACCUGAGUAUACGGAAAAUCAUCUUUAAUUCCCUGAUUAAGCCCAGCAUUAAUGAGAAAGGAGAAAAACAGAUGGAAACAAUCACCACAUCCCAGGCUCUACAGAUAGCAGGCAGAGCUGGCCGCUUUAAUACAGUGUUUAAGGAAGGAGAGGUCACUACCAUGCAUAGGGAUGACCUUCCGGUGCUCAAGGACAUUCUUGGCAGGUCCGUUGAUCCUAUUGAGAUAGCUGGUUUACACCCAACUGCAGAGCAGAUAGAAAUGUUUGCAUAUCAUUUGCCUGAUGCAACACUUUCAAAUCUGAUGGAUAUUUUUGUGAGCCUCGCACAAGUGGAUGGACUUUACUUUGUUUGCAAUGUUGAUGAUUUCAAAUUCCUGGCAGACAUGAUUCAACAUAUCCCACUGAAUCUACGAACACGAUAUGUAUUUUGCACAGCCCCAAUCAACAAAAAACAGCCCUUUGUUUGCACUACUUUUCUGAAGUUUGCCCGACAGUUCAGUAGAAAUGAGCCCCUUACAUUUGACUGGCUAUGCCGACAUGUGAAUUGGCCAAUGGUACCCCCAGCGAAUAUCAAGGAUUUGAUUCAUCUGGAAGCAGUUCAUGAUGUACUUGACCUGUAUCUGUGGUUAAGCUACAGGUUCAUGGAUAUGUUUCCUGAUGCAGCUCUUGUACGGGAUAUGCAGAAAGAACUGGAUAACAUCAUACAGAAUGGUGUGCGCAGCAUCACACGUCUAAUUCGUGCUUCAGAAGCCAGUAGUGCACCUGACACAUCAUCUCUGCUAGACAGUGAUGUUCCUGUCCUCAAACCAUUAUCCAAAAUUGGUGGGUCAAUUGUGGAAAAACUCUCAUUGGCAGACUUUACAAAGCAGCCUUUUGCAGCAAAAGGACAAGUGCAAAGAAAAAUUCGAGGCUCCAAAGCUUUGGGUUUCAAGCCUGUAGAAAAGGAAUUGAACUGGCAGAGUCAUAAAGUGGGGCCGCUUGCCACCCGCUUGAUGGAACAAGGACUUAUUAGUCCUGAAAUACUAGAGCAGCUCAAGCAGGAGUGGACUGAUUCACAGAAAGAGGAUGGUGAGUCCUUGCCCAAGUCUGAAGCAAAUGACUUUUACAAUAAUAAAGGGAGGAGAAAAAGAAGCCUUAGAGUGUAAUAAUUAAUCAUUUGUAAUAUAUUCCAGUGAAUAAAUGGUUUCCAUGA